AAAUAAUCAGUUUGGGGCUUGCCUUUAACAAAAUCAGUUUAUCAGACGGAGCUCUAACAAAAUUAUAAUUUUCCGAAAAUCAAGUCGAUAACUUGUUUUAUUUCCGAAACCAGUUUUUCUUUUUCUUUUUUUUUUGAUUCAACUAACCAGUUUUUUCUGGCAUUAUGGUGAAGCCUAGGAAGCGUCCUCUGCGCCUGUUUAAGACGGCAAUGGCCUUUCUGACGAUCCUCUACAACGAUCGUUUCUGCUGGACCUUUAUCAAGAGCUAUGGACUCUUUGCUUUGGCCAUUCCUUUGGCCAAGUAUCUUGAUGGCUUUGAGAUAUUACCCUCAACUAACUAACCUUUGACUACGUUCCAAUGUUAAGACAUUUGUGCAGCAAAUAAAAAUGGGAUUCCUUUUGUUUUGUAAAUCCUAAA